AUGGGCCGGCGGAAGCAUCCGAAAGGUGAGGCGCCGGUGGGGCGCUCGUCGGAGGAGUGGCUGCUUGCCGUCGCCAGCGUCCCAGGUGGUUGUCCUCCGGCUUGGCUGCUGGGGGCGGUGGACCUGUUGCCGGCGCCCAGUUGCUGCCGCUUCAGCUGGGCCUCGCGCUUGCACCUGCAGAGCGUGCGGGAGGCCUGCGGCCAUCGCCUGGCGCUGAACCUGGGGGAGGGCUUCCUGCGCCAGGACCUGGUGCCCCCUGUGCCGAACCCCAUCUUGGCCCUGAGCCACCUGGAGUCCCUGGCGCACUCGGGCUUCCUCUUCUCUGGCUUGCGGCACCUGUUGCGGUGCAGGGAGGCCUCCAGCUGCCUCUUGGAGGCGGAGCCCUCGCCCGACGGCCUCUGCGACCUGCUCUUGGGUCAACUGCCCCCCGCAGUUUCGGAGGACCGCACCGCGCAGGAGGUCCGGGCGUCCAUCGCGGCACGCCUCGCGGCGCUGAUUUACCACUACACCCCGCCGAGGAACUGGGCGUCGGCGGUUGAGACCUUGCUGCGCCUUUGCCAAGGCCAAGGUCCCGAGCUGAAGACGUUGCUCAGCAAGGGUGGUGAAGUGGCACAAUUGCUGCAGGGUUUGCCGGAGCUCCUGCCGAAGACGCGCACGGCGCAGCAGCUGAAAGCGGGGAAGAUGAACAUCACCAAGCUGAUCUGCCAGCUGCUGGAGCGCUUGGCGUACCCUCCGCGGCAGGCGUCCCUGCUCUUGCAGAUCUCCUUGCCCAUGGAUCGCGCCAACCAAGUGAUCCCGAACCAAAGCGACCUCUUCAAACAGACCCUGAGAGCUCUGGAAGGGGAAGUCUGGUGCAAAGGGGACCAGAGUUUGGAUGUCAUCGUGGUGGAGGCACGGAAGUACUACGUGAUGUUCAUCGAAGGCGCCUGA